AUGGCAACAUUCAAACAACUCAUCACCUCAGCGGUGACAACAUUUCACGGGAAGGCGUCAAAAGACUGGGAGACGACCGACGACAUCCGGCUUUGCAACGAGAUAUGGCCUGCCUUGGUUGAAGCAUACCCUCUACAUCCUGAUCAGUAUUUCCACUUGGCGGCAUUCGCUAAAGACCAAAUCUCAAAGCUGCGAACCCUUCGACCACAUCGGCCAGGAACUGAGACAGAUAUCGUCACCUUGGUGAAAUAUUUGCGCACCUUAAUCAAUCAACCCCGAAAAGAUGUCAUUCAAAGCUUUCAACGAUUUUUACAACUUGAUGAAGAAUCAAGUGCCGACCGAAAUUCUGUGACUAGAAUUCUCGAAAUUAUAGCUUCGCUAUGCCUCACAACCAACAUUGCGAUAGACAGGGACACUGAGAAAGCAGACCAUACCACGAUUAGGUGGGAGGAAAAUACAUGUUUGCAAGCCGCGAUCGAUUCCUACCUUGAAAAAGAAGAUGUCACAAAAUGGUCUAUUUCGAAAUCAACAAUUGAUCAAAGGUUGACGCUGCAUAAUUUGGUAGCGAAUUAUGGCUUCGAGGUGGACUGGACUAGCGACUUCAACGAACACCUAAGAAUCGAUGAAUCAACUAGGGUUCUAUCAGUAUACGAACACAAGGUCUGGCUCUAUGCACACCUACGACCUAAUACACAAUGCCCGCUCCCGAAAAACGCCAUGGAAGAAUGUCUCGAUACCCUCAACAUCCUUUUUCCACAUCACGAACCAAGCACAGCCACCUUUCUCAAAAGCCGAGGACGCAGUUUUCAUCUGCUCGGAAGCUGCGGUCGUAAAUCGUCGAGGGAUCUCAGGGACUACCCCCACUGGGGACGGAAUCUCGACCAGCUCCUCAGGGUUUUGGAAGGUCCUCCAUCAGGCAUCAGGCAGCUUCUUCCCAAGCCGAAAGAGGGCAAGCUGCUAGACUUGGUCAACUUUUGGAUAGCCGUGUCGGUGGCCUUUCUGACAGGAAUCAGCUUCGUAUUUGGGUUGAUGGCCGUCAUAUUUGCCAAGAUGUCGUAUGACGUUUCCGUAGAGUCGCUACGACUGACCCGCGAGCAGUAUCUUCUAUCUUUGGCUCAGGCGUGUUCCGACAGACAAGUCCCAGACGCUGUUCGUAAAUUCUGUGAUGCAAAUUGA